AUGGGAGAGAGGCCAGAUUCGUUGGGUUAUCGCGGAGAGAGUUCGGCAGGAAGCGGUUUUGGGGAGAGGGUGGCUGCCGGCCGUGGAGACGGGGGUGCGGAAGGAGGCGGUGGUUUCGUGGUCGGAGAUGAGUUCUUGAGCUACAAGGAGGACGACAGAAUGAACAGGAGAGGCGAACAGAGACAGUUCGGGGAAAGCAGAGAAUAUUUUCUAGAGGAGUCCAGACGCGGGAGAAGAAGGGAGGACCGGUCUCCGGACAGGAGGUGGUCGAGGAGCACCGAUGGGAGCCACUUUAGAGAGGAUGAUAGACGCGUGGCGGACGGUGCGCGCUAUAGAGAAGAUGCGCCGUACGGCGGGUCGAGAUAUAGAGAUAGACACGAUCGCCCUAGAUCGCCGGACAGGAGAGAAGCGCGCGACCGCACCAGGUCGCCGCGUCUCCACAGAGACGGCGACCGAUCGCAAGAUAGCCGUUAUUCGCACGGAGAGCCGUUGAGGCGUCGCGACGCCGAUUCGUUUUCUGAAGAUUUCGAGAAGCGGGAAAGGACGUCUUUGUUUUCGGCGUGCGCGGAAGAGUACUUGGAGAGGCUCGAGAAGGGCGAGAUGGUGUAUGGCGAGCUGAGAGACGACAGCGCGCAGGAGGUUUUGAUUGGUUCGGUGUAUCACACAUGGAAUCCUGAGAAGAUUCAUCGACUGAGGCGUUAUUUGGCGCAACGUCAGAACGCGCCGGCCGUGAACAUUUGGGCGGCUUCUCCGCCGCGUCCGGAGUAUGGCGAGUCGUUGCACUCGUCUGAGAAGAAGAAGCACAGCCACCGCGAGAAGCACGUUCGUCGGUCUGAGAGGAGAGAAGAAGUCGUUCCUCAUCACUUGAUGGACGAGAGCAAGAGAGAAGAGUACGAGCUGAUGCAGGAGUUGAAGGUCAAGAAGAUGAAGGUCAGUCAGGAUCAGAGCGACUCAGUCGUCGAGGAAGAGGACAUGAUUGGCCCCAUGCCUUUAAGGCAGAUUGGAUUGAGCAAGGGAUACGAAAAGGCUAUGCUGCCGGGAGAGGCGGACGCCUACGCGUCUUUUGUUCAAGAAAACAAGCGCAUCCCCAGACGUGGAGAAAUCGGGUUGACUGCCGAUCAGAUCGCGCAAUACGAAGAACUUGGAUACCAGAUGAGCGGAGGACGCCACAGAAGAAUGAACGCGGUCCGCAUUCGCAAAGAAUCUCAAAUUUACAGCCACGAGGAGCAGCGGCUGCUCGAAAAAUUAAACAUGGAAGAGAGGAAUAAGCGAGAGAACCGAGUCAUGGCGGACUUGAGCAGAUCGCUCUACGAGAAGGUCAAAUCUCAUCGUCCAGAAAGUUGA